UAACUUAACAAUCUGUUAACUUUAUUAUUUAUUUUAUAUGUUCUAUUUUCUUCGUAGUGGUGACAAGAGUUAUCAUAUGUAUAUGUGUGUAUGUAUUAUGUCUUACGUACGAAAGCAUAGAAUAGUCACGUGACAAUUCUUUCACUAACCUCACUUGUCACUUGCUAUGUUUACUAUAGUGUCUUAAAUGGCGUACACUAUCCAAUUAAUUCAAUAAUACUUAAUUGACAACUUUCAUUAUUUGGAAAAAUAGUUAUGAAGUAUGUCUUAACAAAAUAUCACGUGAUCAUUAUCAACUCAAUACAUCGUCAAAAGAUGGAAGCACUAAAGAGGCAAAGUUGGCAUAUAGGAAAAGGAAACAGAUCUCUGGAGUAAAGUCGUGUGAGUUGGUGUUGUCGCUUUUAAUUUACAACUAUUCAUAUUAUGUGAAACUCCAAAAGUAAAUAUGGAUACUUCAACAAAGUUGAAUGAUGAUAUUAAAUUAGUAGAAGGAAAAAACCAAUGUUCAGUUUCGAAUGAUUCAAAAAAUGAUUCUUCAUUAGAAAAUGCUCAUCGAGUUGACAUUACUAAUACUAAUCAGAAAGAAAAACAAGAUAUAGAUAAAGUCAAUACCAUUAAUGAUGCAGAUAAUGAAAAUAAUACAGAAAAUAUUACUGCAAAUACAAGUUGUGUUAAAAUAGAAAAUGAAAGUGAUUCAGAAAAUAUCAUUGAAUCGUGUAUCGAUGUAGAAAAUAAUAUUCAAAUAAAAGAAGUAAAAAAGGAAACGAAAAAUGAAAAUUUAACAGAAGAUACGUCAUCAAAUGCAAAUAAUGCGAAAGAGAAUUGUGAAAAAGAUACUACAGAAGAUACAACAGAAGAAAAGAGUAUUAAUAAUAUCAAAAGAAAGCAUGGAAAUUUAAGUACACAAGAAAGUACAUCGUCUUCUGAAGAAAAUGGAGUUAGAAAUAAACGAAAAAAAUUUAAAAAUACAAAUGAUAAAUAUUGUUGGAGGUGCCACAAAGAAUCAACAGAAGCACUUUGUAGUGCUUGUCCUCGAUCAUGGCAUCGUAGAUGUUUAGGUGGUACACCACCGACUUCUGUUCACAACUGGAUUUGUGGAGAAUGUGCUACAAUAUUGAAAGCAGAAAAUGCGGAAACACGUUCUGCAGCAAUGGCACAGUUAUCAGUUGAUCAGUUGUGUAUGUUACUUAAACAUGUAGUGCAAAGAAUGCGUGAAUAUUCUGGUUCUGAACCAUUUUGGAAACCUGUAGAACUCAAUGAAACUCCAAAUUAUUUGGAUUAUGUUUUUAAACCAAUGGAUUUAAAUCUUUUAGAAUCUAAUGUACGUUCAAAACUUUAUGGAAGUACUGAUGCAUUUAUGUCUGAUGCAAAAUGGAUACAGCAUAAUUGUAUUGUUUAUAAUACAUGUGGUGGACUUUAUGCUGAUACAUCGAAAUUAACUAAUAUUGCAAAACAAAUAAUAAAAGUGGCACGUCAUGAGGUAGCAGAAAUCGAGGCCUGUCCAGAUUGUUAUGCACAUUCUCGUAAUUUACCAAGGCCACAACCGUCAUGGUUUAUUGAGCCUUGUCGUCAACCACAUCCUCUUGUAUGGGCUAAAUUAAAAGGUUUUCCUUUCUGGCCUGCUAAAGCUAUGCCACGGUUAAAUGCUAAAGGUUCUGUAGAUGUUCGCUUUUUUGGUGAACAUGAUCGAGCAUGGAUACAACCUCGAGAUCUUUUUUUAUACUCUGAAGAUCCACCUGCUCCAUUACCUCGCAAAAGAAAAGUAGACAUGGAUGAAUGUGUUAGAGAAAUUACUCGACAUUGUCGUAAGCUGGAACUUGUAUUUGGUAAAUUUAAAUUUGCACCACCAAAAGUACAAUACAAUCCACACGAUCCAAUGCAAAUCAAACUUAUGCUACCAAAUUAUGAUCCUCUCCAAUUAAAUAAUUGUACAUCUUCAGAAUUUUUGGUACCUAAAAAGAAGGCUGUUUUUCGAAAACGUAAUCUUUCUAUCAAGGAUAAAUCACAAACUGAGACUUCUGCUAAUGAUAGCAAACUUGAUUCUGAUACAAAUGCUUCUGAUGAUGAAAAUAAAUCCCGAAAUAAAAUACAAAAAUUAACCAGAUCCAAUCAAUCUUCUCCAAGUUCAGAUAACAGUAUUAAUUUAGAUUUAUUACAAAAUGAAUUGCAAAAAAAAGUGAUUAACAUUGAAAACAAAACAUCUACAGAAGAUGUUUCAUUAGUAGAAGAUAAUGAACCUAUUAAAUCAGAUCGAAAAGACAUUAAUGAAGAAAAUAAUACAAAUACACGUGUACAAAGAUCUAAUGAAUCUAAUGUACCAUCAUUGAGAAACAAUUUACAUAUUACACAUGAUAAUGUAAUGUCUACCGAUCAAAUUUUAAAACCAAACGAAUCUUCAAAACUGGAACAAGUAUCAAAGAAACAUUCCACUGUGAAAGCUAUUCCCAACAAAAGUAAUACAUCUGAAAUUUUAAAAAUAGCAUCAAAGCCAACUAAAAAUACGGCUAAAGUUUAUAAACCAAAAACGAGAUUGGUUGAUAAAUUAAAUGCAGAAAAAGCAUUGAAAUUUUUAUCCGAAAAUGAACAAAAAAAUAAAAUGGGAUCACCGAGCAUAGAAUCAAUCGCUCAAGUAACUCGAUCAUUAUCACAAACUGAUAAACACGAUUUAUUGAAUAAAACAACAAAUGGAACUAUCAUACCAUCCGUUUCUACAUUUACUACCAUAACACAAAAUAACACAAGAUCUUCUUCUGUAUCAAAUUCAACAAUAGGUCAAACAACACCUGUAACGUCUAACAAAUCAACAGACAUUGUACAACAGUCUAUAUUAGCAGAGGAUAAUAUAACAAAUAAAGAAAGUUGUAUGACUACGAAAUCAGGUUCAAAAGAACAAAAAAGAGAGAGCAAAGCAAGAAAAUCUUUUCCUAAUAAACCACCUGUUUAUCCACAAAUAACACUUCAUUCAUCAUCAAAUACAUUAUCUAGUUCAAUAGAAUCGAUAAUUUAUAAUCCAUCUCCACAAAAAGAAAAUGUUACUGGAUAUCAAUUACUUCCUCCUGAAGCUGGGCCUCUUAGUGCUCGUUUAUAUCAUGGUGCUGAAGAGUUAGCAAAAAGAAUGGCUCAAUUAAUGGAGGAAGCAUAUCAAGAAGCUGCUCAUAACAGUCAAAAUUGUGAAGAUGAUAGUACUGAUAAGCAUCAUGCUACAGUACAUUUUUUACGAUUACAGAUUGAACGAAUGAGGUGGCAACAUCAACAACAAUUGGCUGAACUAAAACAUAAUACUGAUCGUAUGUUACGAGAAAUGAAAGCAAGCCUAGAAGCAGAACAACUUCGAGCUGUUGAAGAAACUCGACGUGAAAUGGAACAAGAAAAAAUAAGAUGUAUCGAGGAGACAAAACGUAAACAAUGGUGUGCUAUGUGUCAUCGUGAAGCAUUAUUUUAUUGCUGCUGGAAUACAGCUUAUUGUGAUUAUGCGUGUCAACAAUCACAUUGGACAACCCAUAUGAGAACGUGUGCUCAAAAACCUUCUUUUACUACAAUUGUUACAACUGCAUCUGUAGGAUCAAGUCAACCACAGACUAAUAAUACGAAAGUAUGUACUCCUGCGUGUAGAGUAUAUUCUUUACCACGUAAUAAAUCACCUGGAUUAUCAAAAUCUCAUUACGUUUCGUGUUCUAAAAAUGAAAAUAAUUAAGGUCUUUUAUUAAAAUAGAUAUUAGGUUGAAACUAUUUGCAAUCAAUAAUAUAGUUCACGACACAUUGUGUAAGUUGAUUUUAAAUAAUUUUGUCUACAUAAAUCUUGUCAAUUACGUAUUAAUAUUAGCUAUUAGAAUAGGAUAUUUACAGACGUUAAAUAUUUUAUUGUAUAUUCAU